GCUUAUCACUAGGGGCGAAGAAGAAGGAGAGGUGAUUAGACAUUGUAAAGUAAGAGGCCCUUAAAAAUAUUUUGGGUUUAUCAUUAGUCAAUGCAAAAGAAGCUUUUUUCAGUAACAACGAAUACUUCACAUUAAAGUAUUUUGUAUACGAACGUUCAAACCAAAGUUAGGUUGAACAGAAAAUAGAGAAACAACAGCAGUGAAGUAGUAUAGAGGAAAAUGUUAAGACUGAAAACACAAUUAUCCAGAUCACUUCACAAUUAACAGGAAUGCAUAGGGUUCUUUUGUCAAGAUGUAGUGUUGAAUGUGCGACAUCUAGUCGCUUCCUUGCCACUUAUACUUCCAACCAGGUCACGGGUAAAACAAACCUGUAUGACAUUUUAGGAGUAAAAGCAAAGGCAACUCAAGCUGAAAUUAAAUCAGCAUACUACAAAUUAUCAAUGGAAUUUCAUCCUGAUAAAAUCAAAGAAAAUAUGGAUGGGGGAAUGAGAUUUCGAGAGAUUACAGAAGCUUAUGAAAUUUUAGGGAAUUAUUCUUCUAGGAAAAGAUAUGAUCGAGGGUUACUAAAUCCUGGUAGUUUUGAACCUCAUUAUAAUCAACCUAGUUAUGAAACAGAAGUUGAUGAAGGUGAUUACACAAAGUUUUACAGAAGCAGGAAUCAAAGAUCAAAACCUCCUCCCCCAAGAGGUCAUACACCAAUUUAUAAUUUUGAUGAGUUUUACCGGAUGCAUUAUAGUGACUCUUUACGCAGAGAUCAAGAAAAUUUAAAAUAUUAUUAUGAACGCUCGAAGUAUAGAUCGAUAAUGAGACAGAAGCAAAAGACUGAAAAUGUUUUUUUGUUAUUAAUAUUUGUUUUUGGUAUUCUAUUAGGACAGAGUUAUGUAUCUAAUUAUGAUAAGCCUGAAUUAUCUGUUAAGAUAUCGUGUGAUACAAAUGUUGAAUCAAAAAAUAAAGUUUAAGAUUUAUAGAACAAAUAAUUCAUGAUGAAUUGACAUCCUCAAGGCAUAAAGAGUAAAAUUAUAAAUCUGUUUUGAUAACUUGAAAUCAUAUGUACUCAAGUUACAUGCAAUUACAGUUCUAAUUAUCCAGAGUAACAUAUUUUGUUUCAGUCUCAUGGUUAUAGAAGGACAUAUAAAUGAUCCUUUUUUC